UAAGGAGGUCCCCUGGGGUUCGUGGUCACUGGUUUGGAGACAGCACAAUUAUCUCUCCCUGUGCUCACGUGCCAUUCCUCCAGAAUGCCCCAAGGAUCAGUGCUCAAAGGCAGUGGGAACUAAAAGAGACUCCUGUUGUUUAUCAUGGUGCUGUUGAAGUCUUCUGGGGCUGACAGAUGCCGCUCCAGAAGGUUAAUAAGAUGAAGAAAGCUCUUCCAGCUGGACCGUAAGAGGGAUUAUGUCUGAGCAGCAGCUAAACAGAUUAUUCCAGAAACAGACACUGCUUUUUUUUAAAACUUCGUCACCCUUGUCUUACCACUCCAGUUCCCCAGGCUAGAAGUGUGGGCGUUGGAGGGGUUUGCCCAGCUCUUGCACUCUGGCCCCUGUUGCACUCUGCCUAGGUGCAGUUCAAUGCAGUCCAAGGCUGGAGACACCUGAAAAAUAAAGAUAUUUGGGGAUUUUUGUUCUCUAAGAAAACGGAAUUCUUCUACUCAACCAAAAUAUUCUUGUUUCCUGCAUGACUGGUCUUGAAAACUGUGAAUGAUCAAUAGACAGCAUGCAUUUGAAGACUGGAUUAAUAUUUUUGAUCAUUUGCCUUGCUCUCCAAGUUCAGGGAAGCAGAGAAAUUCCUAAUAAAAUAAACCGUGCUGAUGCCAAACAUCUUGCAGUCACCUCAGGGUCAGACAAAACAGAAAGAACAACAAAGAGGUCCAGGAUAUCGACCAUAAGGCGGAUAUUUGACAUGGCAAAACACCGAACAAAGAGGUCAUCCUUUUUCUCAACUGGUGUGAAAGUUUGUCCACAAGAAUCAGUGAAGCAGAUUCUAGCCAGCCACCAAGCUUACUAUAGAUUAAGAGUCUGCCAGGAAGCUGUGUGGGAAGCCUUUCGUAUUUUUCUGGAUCGGAUUCCUGAUACUUCUGAAUAUCAGAACUGGGUUACUGCCUGCCAGAAGGAAACCUUUUGCAUAUUCGACAUUGGCAAAAACUUCAGCAAUUCCCAAGAGCACCUAGAAAUAAUUCAACGGCGAGUAAAACAUAGAACCUUCCAGGAAAGGAAAGAUGAAAUAUCAGCAGAGAAAACAGGAGGAAAAAAGGUGGAAGACAUUCCCUCCAUUUCUACAGGCUCUCCUGGCACACCCCUCUCUCCGUAUGCCCCUAAUGGCACAUUGCUCAACGAAAUUUUCAACGACACAAAGGCUCCUGUGAAGGAGCUGGGAACAAAUGCAGUCCCUGAACUGCCUGUGGAGCAAAUGGUGGAAUUCAGUGUCACUCUCACUGAUCAGGAGUACACAGCUGAACUUAGUGACCCCAGCUCCCCAGAGUACCAACAGCUGGCUGCCAAAUUUCAGCUACAGAUGAAAAAAAUAUUUGAGAAACUUCCAGGAUUCAAAGAAAUCCGUGUCUUAGGAUUCAAGGAAAAAAAGGAGAAAGAUGGGUAAUCUUUCUAUAAUAUGAUUGCACAUUUGUUUGUUUGUGUAUAAAAUCAUUUCUACUUUGAGAGAGAUGGCUCAGAAACCAAAGGCACAGCAGAUGACAUCUCAACUAUUGGAUCCAAUAAGGUUGAAAGUGAAAAAAUACCAAUUUCUCCAGUUGAAGAGAGGGAAAUAUCAGCAACUAAACUGACAGUAACAGACCUUCAGCAGCUGGUUGCCACUGCACUCCAUGAAGACCAGUCCCUGCCAGUGGACCUUGGAACACUUCAGUUUACUGAUGAAACUAUUAUACCACCUAGUGAUUUAGACAAUGAUAUCCAAGGUGUGGUCACUAUUCCUCUGGCAGGCCCUGAUUUGGAAGAACUCCCACUAGGUUAUCCCAGUCCAGCAACAGUGGAUCAAAGAGGAGAUGUAUUUGUUGAUGAAUUUACAACUGAAAGCCCUGCCCUGAGUGAAGAGAUCAGCAUCCCUGAAGAAUUUAAUAAUUUUAUUACAUCUGAACCUGAUUUUCCUACCAAACCCUCUAGAGAACCAUUCCAGGACAGAUACCCAUACACCCAAGUUAUUACUACCGACCACCCAAGCUUCACAGUGCCUUUCAGUGCUCUGGGUAGCACCAGCAGUCCUCCAAAAUCAGAGGAUUCCUAUUUGCCUCCCCCAGCAGAUGAUUCUGCUGGCAAAGACUUGCUCACCGACGGCUACGAGCCCCCAGUGGAGCUGGCUACAGCAGGAAGCUUCACCACACCUGAUCUCCUGCCUGCCAGAGAGGUGGAGAGUGAAGCUGAAGAGGGGCAAGAACUGACUGAUAUAGCAGAACCUCCUUUCAAGGAGGUAGACCAAGACAGUCUGUCUGAACAAGCAGUUAAGAUCAUGGAAGAACCAGAAUCAUCAGGUGAUGACAUUUUUGUUACAGCCAGCACUUACGAAAGGUUGCCUUUCUUUACUGGCCCAAGUGAUGUCUCUACCGUGCAGCCUGGAGCUGUUAUUACAGACGUGCUGCCGUCAAUAGCACCGCUGCCUGCAGCCACCAGCCCGUCCUACAGCCCCUCUGAGAUCAUCGAGCAGUCCCUCGAGUCACCAGAUUCCUCAGCUCCAGCCCCUGAGGGCAUUCCUGUGGAUGGCACCGGGAUGGGCGUGCAGGACAUCGCUGCUGAGCUGGACCAGAUGGGCGCGGUGAGCACGGCAGCGCUGGACGAAGGCGAGCAGGGCAGUGGUUUCAUCUCGGUGCUGACCACCGAGCCCGCAGAAACCACCCCAGCACCGGUGCUGAAGUAUGUAACUACCAGCACCAUGACAACUGCAGCCAAAGGCAAAGAGCUCGUGGUUUUCUUCAGCCUGAGGGUAACCAACAUGCACUUCUCUGAUGACCUCUUCAACAGGAGUUCGACGGAAUACAAAGCACUGGAGCAACAGUUCAUGCAGCUGCUCCUUCCAUACCUUCAGUCCAACCUUACGGGUUUUAAGCACUUGGAAAUUCUCAACUUCAGGAACGGAAGUGUGAUUGUGAACAGCAAAAUGAAAUUUGCCAAGACAGUGCCAUACAAUAUCACAGAAGCAGUACACUGUGUUUUGGAAGAUUUCUGUGAUGCUGCAGCCCAACACCUCAAUUUGGAGAUUGACAGCUAUUCCCUGGACAUUGAGCCAGCCGAUCAGGCAGACCCCUGCAAAUUCAUGGCAUGUGACAAGUUUUCCGAGUGCGUAAUGAACGAGUGGACAAAAGAAGCCGACUGCCUUUGCAAGCCUGGCUAUGCCAGCCAGGAUGGAUUUCCCUGCCGGAGCCUGUGCGAGCUGGAGCCCCAUCUCUGUGUCAAUGGUGGGAAAUGUGAGCUGGUUCCAGGAAGAGGAGCUGUCUGCAGGUCACCAGAUGAGUUUACAAAACCAAGACUGACAAGUUAGUCUCUGGAAUUCUUCAUUUCCAGCAUCAGCCAGACAAAACCAAGGUAUUCAAGAAAGAAGGUCUGCAUUAUUCAAGAUUAGACUGCAGGAUGAGUAUG